GAAAAAUCUAAAUCUAUCUCACUAUUGCCUCCUUUGCGCGGUUUUAAAAUGGCAUCACUCAAUAUUAAUCAAUUAACAACACAUAUAGACGAGCUAAGAAUCCUAUUAGCAAACAAUGAUAUCGAUAUUGUUUCCAUAAAUGAAACGAAACUGAACGAGAGUAUUCGAGAUCAUGAAGUUCAUAUUUCGGGAUACGAUAUAAUUCGCCGCGAGAAACUUACAAAAUCCGGCGGAGGGGUAUGCUUCUAUGUAAAAACCUCAAUCAACUUUACUGUACGAAAUGACCUACAUAUGGAUGCAUUAGAAAAUCUUUGCUUGGAAAUCCAUAAGCCAAAUUCAAAAUCUUUUGUGAUUGUUACUUGGUACAGACCACCUGACUCUCCUAUUGGCAUUUUUCACCUUUUGAAUCCCUAAUUGGAAAAUUGGAUAGUGAAAAUGUAGAAUCUUUUGUACUGGGAGACAUGAACUGUGACAUGAUCACUACUCGAUAUGACAAUGACGUAUCCAAAUUAAGGAGUAUUGCCGAUGUCUACGGACUCGAGCAGCUCAUCUCUGAACCAACGAGGAUAACACCCACCUCUUCAACUCUAAUUGAUUUAAUCUAUACCAACUGCUCAGAUAAGAUCGUUUGUUCGGGAGUUUGUCACAUCGGGAUAAGUGAUCAUAGCAUGGUGUAUGUAUAUAGAAAACUUGCCCAGAACGGAAUGUCUAAUGGACUUAAUUCUAUUACAUAUAGAAAUUUCCGAAAUUUCGAUCGUCAAGAUUUUCGUUAUGACAUCCUAUCUCAAUGUUGGGAUAAUGUAUAUGAGUCUUCCAUGUAUUACCUCUGAAUUGAAAGACUCUAUGCAUAAUAGAGACAUAUUAAAAAUCAAAGCUAGCAAGACAAAUGAUCCUAACGAUUGGGCAUUAUUUAAGAAACAAAGAAAUAUAACCAAUAAGCAACUACGCUCAGCUAAGCUAGUUUAUUACCAAAAUAGUUUUAAUAAGCACACCAGCGACUCCCGAAAGACCUGGCAGACUAUAAACGAGCUAACCUCUCGAAAAUCUGGGAAAACGUCAGUGGCGUCACUAAAAGUGAACGGAUUAACGAUAACUAAUCCGUUGGAGCUAUCAAACGAAUUCAAUAACCACUUUGCUAAUAUUGGUCCAAAACUUGCCAGUAGGUAAAUUGCGAUAGUUGUAGUUAUGAAAGAUAUCUUACCGCUACAGAUAAACGGUUUAAGCUCCAAGCCACCAAUCCAAAUAAAGUAUUUUCACUUUUAAAUAAACUAGACAAGUCAAAGGCAACGGGCCUUGACAAAAUAUCUGCUAGGUUGGUCAGGGAAUGUGCUGAUCUUAUUUGUGUGCUGAUAUGUGAUAUUUUCAAUCAAUCUGUUAACCAAGGGACGUUCCCAGAUGACUGAAAAUAUGCAAGGGUUUCCCCUCUUUAUAAACAGGGUGACCGCGGUGAUGUAAACAAUUACCGCCCAAUAUCGGUGAUUCCAAUAGUGGCGAAGGCGUUUGAAAGGAUAGUUUAUGAACAGUUAUAUGCCUAUUUGAAAGAGCACGAUAUUCUAUGUCAAAAUCAGUCAGGUUUUCGUGCUAAUCAUUCAACUGUAACAGCUUUGUUGGAAGCGACAGAUUCUUGGGCAUAUGAUAUUGAUAACGGGAAAAUCAAUGGAGUCAUUUUUCUGGAUUUGAAGAAAGCUUCUGACGCUGUUGAUCAUCAGAUUCUUCUAUCGAAACUAAACUAUUAUGGUAUACAUGGCAAAUCUUUCAAAUAGUCUCAGUCAUAUCUAGAAAACCGUACACAAAAAUGCUCUGUGAACGGGUCGCUUUCCAAUAGCUACUCACUGACAUGCGGCGCCCCUCAAGAGACCAUCCUCGGUCCAUUAUUGUUCUUAUUAUAUAUUAACGAUCUUCCAAAUUGCUUAUCAAAUUAUAAACCAAGAAUGUACGCUGAUGACACGCACCUUACAUAUGCGGGCAGUAAUCUUGAGAAUGUUCAGUUUUGUCUAAAUGAAGACCUAGCAAAUGUUUUCAACUGGCUACAAGCAAACAAACUUACAUUGAACAUGACCAAAACCGAAUUCAUGCUAAUAUGGUCGAGGUAGAGACUGAAUACUCUCACAGCUUCACCAAUUACAAUGAACAAUACUCAAGUGAGUCAGGUUACAGCUACGAAAUCGCUUGGUGUAAUAAUAGACGAUAAACUCGAUUGGCAUAGUCACAUCGAAAAAUUAACCAAAAAGAUCGCCUCUGGUAUCGGUGCCCUAAAGCGAAUUAGGCACCUGAUUCCAGCAUCAACCUUACAUCUCGUUUACCAAGCCUUAGUAAAACCUCACUUUGAUCACUGUGACAUUGUUUGGGGUAACUGUGGGAAAACGCUACGAGAUAAACUGCAGAAAUUUCAGAAUAGAGCAGCCCGUGUGUUGACAUUCUCUAACUAUGAUGCUGAUGCUGAUGCAACUGAGCUACUCGAGUUUUUAAGGUGGAAAAAUCUUGCACGCCAGCAGGAAAUUCAUUAA